CCGCGUGCGGUAUCAGAAGCGGCCAUUUUGUCAUCCUCAUUAGGAGUUCAGGAGGAAAUAUUGCCAAAAAUUCCGCCAAUUUAGCGUCUUUUCGUUGUCAAAACCUGACAAAAACACAAAAAGGAAGUUCCAAAAACAGUUAGCAAAGGAAUCAGGCAAACUUCCAUUGCGGCGUGCGGCAAACAGCAGCUCGUGCUAAGAUCAGGAUAGCAGCAGACAACUUUGCGGCAAGAAGCGCAGCAGCGGCAGCCCUUCAACAAGUCCAAGAAGCGCAUUCAUUUAUCAGCUGAGAUAGAAGUUACUUAUAGAAAGUCAUGUCAGAACAAGCAAUAGAAGAAGAGAAACUGGCCAGUGACACAAACAACAAUGAAAAUGAUUCCAAUUCUGGAUCUGCAACCGGAUAUGAUUCCCAAAUCUGCCGAGACUACCAACGUGGUGUCUGCAACAGAGGAGGAAAAUGCAAGUUUAGUCAUCCUGAUGGUUUGGGUAAGGAAAUGGAAAGUGGUCCCAUGAUUUGUCGUGACUUCCAGAAUGGAAAAUGUAGCCGUUCCACAUGCAAGUAUCUGCAUAUUUCAAAUACAGAGGAAAAAGUCUACCUUCGCACAGGUCAGCUUCCAAUGAGACGACCACCAAUGCCUGCCAGAGUACCAGGACACGGCUAUCCCACGAGAGCAAAUCGAGGAGACCCUAUCUGCAAAGACUUUCUCAAUAACAAAUGUACCAGGGGCUCAGCUUGUAAGUUCAGACACAGCUAUGAAGACGACAAGGGAGGAUAUGGCCCUCCAGGUGGUUAUGGCUUUGAUGAUUAUCCAAGGAAGCGUCGCAGGGAUUCAUAUGGAGAUGCCGAUUACGGUCACCUUAAGGAGGAAAAUGAAUCCUUAAGGCGUCAGGUCAGUGAUCUUCAAAAGCAAGUGUCUGAUCUUAAGGCUACUAAUGAGGUGCUUCUGGAACAAAAUGCUAGGUAUCGUAACCAAGCUUCCAGUAGCACGGCUUACCCUCCUACACCAAGCUAUGCAGCCAGCAGUUAUGUUGCUAAGACCCCUACUGCUGCCGUUGCAGCCCCUACCAAUUACGCAUCCAGCUACCUUACAGCAUACAAUGGUAACACCACUGCUUCCAGUUACACUACAGACAAUCCUUCAUACACAACUACAUCUAACUAUGGGGUGACUAGCAGUGAUAGCACUGCCUAUAGUUCUAGCUAUCCAACUGGGACCGGGUACAUAAAGUUUGAGUAGUUACUUUUUAACCUUUGUUUAUGCUUGACAUUUGGCAUGCUUGUCAAAUUACUUUCCUUUUUAUGAAAAAGCUUGUUUGCCAUUGAGGCUUUUAAAAAUUUUGGUUCUCAGUCUUAAUUAGUCAUUACCAGCUUUUUGUAAAUGAAGAGUAGGUAGUAUAGUAGCCAUCUAUUUGCAUGCRCACACACAUUGUUCAUAUAUAUGUGUUGGAUAUUAAAUGUCGUUCCAGGACUAUGGCGAAGUAGAAGCUACCAUUAUAGAACAAUAUUAAUCAGCUAAUUAUUUAAUUGAUUUAAGGACAGGUCAUUAUUUAUCACCCAGAGGCUUAAAGGAUUUUGUUGAAACAUUAAAAUUGACUGACCCUGUAUUUUUAUGACCCUUUACCCCAACACACCCCACCCCUUACUAGAAAUUGCUACUUCCACAUUUUUGGGUAGCCCCCUUUGAUGCCUGAUCAAUGUAUAGCUGACCCAAAAACAGUUCUGUUUAUUUACCACAAAUAGAAGUUCCAAGUCAAGGCUGGAGUUGCUAUGCAUAGUAAAACUAUAGUGUAUUGUGCGUGAUAACUCCAUUCUUGACUCGGAACUAUUAUUAAUGGUGGCUAAUAAACUAAUUAAAUCCUGUGGCCCCAUUAGGCAAUAAAUAAUGACCGGUAUCUUGAGCAACUUUGUUAACUUGCUGUGUAAAUAAGCAAUCACUUGAUCAUUAUAUUCAUGGCACCGGCCUAAUAAAUAACUCUUUAAAACUCCAGUGUAUGCAGGCUUGGCUUCACUUCUGAGGUUGGUAAACAAAAGCAGAAGUUAGAAUAACAAAACAAGCAACUCCUGGAUUUGAAGCUAAGCCUGCAUAUAAUGGAGUCGUACAUACUCCUAGUUUAGUUGAUUUUUGUCAUUUUCAUAUUGAUAAGGAAUGAAUUUAUACUACAACAUGAACUGAUUUCCUGUUUUAAUGGGCUUUGUGCAUUCAGUAGAAACAAAAGUUGAUGAAAAAGCAAGUAUUGUAUUUAUGCCUAAGAACUGAUGCUGCUSUAGUUGAGGAGCUUGGUUCAGGAGAUAUCGUAAUUGCUGGAAAAAUGUUAUAAAUUGCUUGAUGCAUUGGAUUGAUUGAAAGCCGUAGGGAUUCACCUAAUCCAUUAUAUUCCAUUGUUAAUCAUUUCCAUUUUCUGUUGCACAUUAAACGAUUGCAUUUUCAAA